AUUUAGCUCAUGCGCGGAAGCAGUCCCGCCCUUUCGGCCUGAGCGGCAGCGGCAUCUCGUCCCCCCCAGCGGCAGCGGCUCCGGCUCGGCGAAAACAUGGCGGACCAGGCCAUCUCCUUCCUCAAGGACUUUCUGGCGGGUGGCGUCGCCGCCGCCAUCAGCAAGACGGCAGUGGCGCCCAUCGAGCGCGUCAAGCUGUUGCUCCAGGUACAACAUGCAAGUAAACAAAUUGCUGCUGAUAAGCAAUACAAGGGUAUCAUUGAUUGUGUAGUGCGUAUACCGAAGGAACAAGGAGUGCUGUCCUUCUGGCGUGGAAACUUGGCAAAUGUCAUCAGAUACUUCCCAACUCAAGCCCUCAACUUUGCCUUCAAGGAUAAGUAUAAGCAGGUGUUCUUAGGAGGAGUAGACAAGCACACUCAAUUCUGGAGGUAUUUUGCUGGUAACCUGGCUUCUGGUGGUGCAGCUGGAGCCACUUCCCUCUGCUUUGUCUACCCCUUGGAUUUUGCAAGAACCCGUUUGGCUGCUGAUGUCGGAAAAGCUGGUGCAGACAGAGAAUUCUCUGGUCUGGGAGACUGUCUAGUCAAAAUUACCAAGUCUGAUGGUCUGCGUGGCUUGUACCAAGGGUUCAAUGUCUCUGUCCAGGGUAUCAUCAUCUAUAGAGCGGCCUACUUUGGAAUCUAUGAUACAGCAAAAGGCAUGCUCCCAGAUCCCAGAAAUACUCAUAUUGUUAUCAGUUGGAUGAUUGCACAGACGGUGACUGCUGUGGCUGGUGUGGUCUCCUAUCCUUUUGAUACAGUGCGGCGUAGGAUGAUGAUGCAGUCAGGACGUAAAGGAGCUGAUAUCAUGUACUCUGGAACAAUUGACUGCUGGCGGAAGAUUGCAAGGGAUGAGGGAGGAAAAGCAUUCUUCAAGGGUGCAUGGUCUAAUGUUCUCAGAGGCAUGGGGGGUGCUUUUGUGCUUGUGCUGUACGAUGAAUUCAAGAAAGUCAUUUAAAAAUAGCCUGACUAGAAUUGGAAAUCAAGUUGAGCAGAUCAUGUAGAAUAACUACCAUUAUGGACCAUUGACCUUCAAGAAAUUCCUGUGAGUCUUAUUUAUCGGAGCCAGGUAUUUGUAGAUGGGGCUAGAAACUGGCAUAGGGGACCAAUCCAUUUCUUGGUUACCUGCAUGGGGUCACUGAAACUGGCAAUUCAGCAUAAUGGGUUUUUUUCCCAGUGGUGAGAAAUCAGUAACAUUGAUUCUGGGUCCAAAGUGUCUGGGUCCAAUUCAGGCAGAGAAAAGUGUUUGCCUGUGGAUCAGUCCCCAGUUUCAAGUCCCAUCUUCUAGGACCAUGAAAUUGUAUUUGAAAGUACUUGCUAACAAAUCAUGUCUUUUCCACUUGUACUGAAGCACUAUGUACCAUUUUGCACAGCUGAACGUCUAGCGAUUAUGUUCUUAAAUUGGGGCAUUCUGCUGUAAAACAAUAAACAUACUUACUCUG